AUGAGGUAUGAUGAGACCAAGGACCCCCAGGAGCACGUCACAACCUUUGAAGCAAGAAUGAACCUGGAAGGGGUAGACAACUCGGUUAGAUGCCGGGCGUUCCACGUGACGCUAGCCGGCCCGGCGAUCUGGUGGUUCAACACCCUCCCACAAGGGUCCAUCACAACUUUCGCAGACAUAUCCCAGAAUUUCCUAGCCCGGUUCACGACACGCAUAGCCAAGGCAAAGCACCCAAUCAACUUGUUGGGAGUCACCCAAAAACCCGGGGAGCCGACCAGAAAGUUCCUAGAUAGGUUUAACGACGAAUGUCUGGAGAUCGACGGCCUCACGGACUCAGUCGCUAGCUUAUGCCUAACAAAUGGCCUGCCGAAUGAAGACUUUAGGAAACACCUCACAACCAAGCCUGUAUGGACCAUGCAGGAAAUCCAAAACAUAGCCAAAGAAUACAUCAAUGAUGAAGAGGUUAGCCAGGUUGUAGCAGCCAAUAAACGGCAGCCCCCUAACCCGCAAGCCCGGAAGACAUCUCAGGUCGACAGGUACAAAGAAGCUCCCAGGGACGGCACCCUAAAUAAGUCGCCCAAGCAACCAAGGGUAGGAAGAUUCACGAACUACACGCCACUCACGGCGCCUAUAGUAGAAGUCUACCAACAAAUUGCAGACAAAGAAAUCCUAUCCAGACCAAGACCCCUGAAAGAGAGAACGGGAGACAACAAGAACCUUUACUGCGAUUACCACAAGGGGUUUGGUCACAAAACACAAGACUGCUUCGACCUCAAGGAUGCCUUGGAACAGGCCAUCAGAGAGGGAAAACUGAGCGAAUUCUCCUGGCUCAUCAGGGAGCCGAGGAGGCGGGAAAGGGAGCGCUCCGAGGAAGAUCGGUGCCGAACUGUCAAGCCAAGGCAAGAACCCCCAGGGGACGCCAGUAACCCCCCAACGUUCGUGGUCAACAUUGUGGUCGGGCGAGACAGCCCCCCAAAUCCAAGUCGGCAGUGA